AUGUACAAUAUGCCAUUUGCCCCCUUCAUUGGCAUCAACAUGCAUGGGCAGUCAAUUAUGCUUGGAUGUGGCUUCGUGCGGCAGGAGAUAGCCUCAAGUUAUGACUGGUUGUUUGAUGCUUUCCUGGAGGCAAUGGAUGGGUUGGCUCUGGACAACAUCAUCACGGACCAAGACAUUGCUAUGGCACAAGCAAUCAAGAGGAAGACCCCGACAAUGAUUCACCGUUGUUGCCGUUGGCAUAUAAUGAAGAAAGCGCAAGAGAAGCUUGGCCCUGUGUUGGCUAGGAACCCAUAUUUGGUCAAAGACUUCAACGAAUGUAUCGACUUCAGUUUCACCCCAGCUGAAUUUGAAUGGAAGUGGGUUGCGCUUUUGUUGAAGUAUGAGGGGCUUAUGCAUGGGCACUUUGAGAAACUCUAUGAAUACCGGGCUACAUGUGUGCCAUGCUACUUCAAAUUCAUGUUCUUCCCUUUACUCCAGUCGACGCAACGCAACAAAGGGUUCAAUGCUGUCUUGAAGCGAUAUGUGAACCCACACAAGUCAAUCCUCAACUUCGUCAAGCAAUACGAGAAGAUUCAGGUACACAUACUCAUGAGGGAGAGCAGGAACGACUACCGGACAGAACAUUUAGAAGCGCAAAGAUGGUCGUGUUUCCCCGUUGAGAGGCAUGCCUACAAGGCAUACACUAGGGACAUCUAUGUAAAAUUUAGGACUGAGUUUCAGAUGAUUGGCCAGUACAACAUGCACCCCGCUGGAAUCAACUUCUAUCACCUUGAGCCCAAUACAGAAGAAGUUCCAGGGUAUGGCAAAAGGAAGUAUCUAGUCACAGUGAGGCCAGAAGCAGCAAUCUAUGAUUGUGAAUGUUGCAAGUGUCAUAGGGACGACCUACUUUGUUGCCAUGUCUUGAAAAUUUUCACGCACCUUGGCGUUGAUGAGAUACCUGCACACUACAUUAAGCACCGCUGGACGCAGGAUGCGGUACCAAGUGCGCCGCCGCUAACUAACGAGAGCCCACCACCGGACUUACCCGCUGAGUCGGAGAACCAGGUUCAGCAAGUGAAUAUGGCAAUGGAUUUUGCAAAGCUAGCCAAGAAGGCAAUGACAAGUGAUGAGACAACCGCUGCAGUUGGGAGGCACAUGAAAGAAGCAGAUGUCGAGGUCACUAAGCUGAAUAAACUAAGAAAGAAGAGGCUAAAGGCACCCCGAGAAGCGGCUCGGGCUAGGGAAGCAUCAAAUGCUAAUGCCCCAAGUGGUUCAGGCCAACCUCCUGCCCCCUACCCCCCUGCUCCUAUGGAUCCACCUCGGUCAGUCACAAAAGGGCGCAGCCGCAGCAGGCGCUUCCAAUCAGCACUAGAGCUACACCCAAAGAAAAAUAACAAUGAUGCGACGUGCCUAGGGAAGCUGCUGUGA